UCUACAUAAUUUGGAACCGACUCCGAUAGCCAUCCAAGCUUGCAUUUCUACACAAGCAAGAGAAACUUUAGACAGUAGUGAAACCUAUCUGCUGCUUUUUGGAGAAAAGCCACCAUGUCAUCGCUGUCAAAAGCCAUGGUUCGUGAAGUUCUGACGUACGAUAACUACGACGACUGGAAAAUUUUGAUGAAAAACUAUUUGGUGGGAAAAAACCUCUGGGGCAUUGUUGAUGAAACAGAACGUGAACCACCUACUGAUGAUCCAAGUUAUGCAGCCUGGAGAGAAAAGAAUAGUAAAGCUCUGCAUGCGAUCCAAAUUUCAUGUGGAACCGAUAUGUUUUCCCAUGUCAAGAAGUUGAGUUCAGCCAGAGAAGCAUGGAAAUGCUUGGCUAAUGAGUGCAUGUCAGCAUGGGGCAGGAGUAGGAAAAUUACAGAGACACUUUCUUCUCAAUCUCAGAAGAUGAAGGAAGUGCUAGGUGAUGAUGGUGGUGAAAGCUUGAGCAAAUAUCGGAUCUUAUAUAAUGCUGCUUUCUAUGGUGACUGGAAAACGGCCAAACGGUUCAUUGACAAGCACCCGGAAGCAUUGACUGCCGGUAUUGAUAACUGGUCGAAAACUGCUCUUCACGUUGCCGCUUUCUUUGGAAACACUAAUUUUGUGGUAGAGUUGGUGAAGAUCUUACCACCAGAGAAACUGGCAAUACAGAACCUUGUUGGUUCUACUGCUUUUCACCUUGUCACUGAAGGAGGGACCAGAAAGAUGGCGGAGGCAAUGCUGGAAAAGAACCCUGGAUUGUUCCAUAUCCGUGACUUCAAUGGAAUCACCCCACUCCUUUCAGCUGCAAAUUUCUGCAGAAAGGAUGUACUGCAAUAUCUCUAUGGUUGUGCUACAGAUGCAUGUCUAAAUUCAACUAUAGAAGACUCUGCAGCACUUCUUGUUCACUUGAUUGCUGCUGAUUGCUAUGGCAUGGCUUUGGAUCUUUUGCAUCGCUGCCCAGAAGUAGCCAGUACUCAUGUAAAUGGGGAAACAGCGUUGGAUUUUCUGGCAAGAAAACCUUAUGCAUUCAAAAGCAGAAACCGGUUUGGAUUUUGGCAUAGGCAAAUCUAUUCAUGGGUCCAUGUUGAACUACCUACCCAUAGCCAUACUGACAAGAAAUUCUACAAGGAUGAGGAGGAUUCUCUGGAGGAAGAACAAGUCUCCAUUAAUGGUUCCCACCAAAGAUCCAGUACCCAUUUAGUGCUUUGCUACAUUAAUCAGCUACUUUGGAUUGUUCUUCAAAGAAUAGUACCAAGUAUUAAGUCGGUCCGCAAAAGCAAGCUGAUGCAUUUGCAAGCUCGCGAACUUGUCGAGCACCUCUUUAAAAAUGUUCUAAUGGCCGUAAAAAAUGACCACAAAGUUGAGAAGUUGCUUGGGCCACCACUAAUCGCAGCUACUGAGUUUGGAAUUGUUGAAUUUCUAGAAAUGACUCUUAAAUAUUAUCCUCGUUUGAUUGAGUACCCAGAUGCAAAUCUCCGUUGUAUACUUCAUGUGGCUGUGCUGAAUCGACAAGAGAUGAUUUUCAACCACCUGAAGAAAACAGGCCGACAUUUAGCACUCAGAACAUUUGAUAGAGAUAUUUAUUUGAACAACAUUUUGCAUUUGGCUGCAAAGCUAGCACCUCCUCAACAACUCAACUGCGUCUCUGGUGCAGCUCUACAACUGCAGAGAGAGCUUCAAUGGUUCAAGGUUGUGGAGAAGUUGGCACCUCCAAAGUACAGAGAAUGGAAAAACUCGCACGGCCUGAAACCCCAGCUCUUAUUUUCUGAGGAACAUAAGGAUUUAGUUGCCAACGGAGAAGUCUGGAUGAAGGAGACAGCAACAUCAUGCACAGUUGCAGCUGCCCUCAUUAUCACAAUAAUGUUCGCUGCAGCAUUUACUGUGCCUGGAGGCAUUCAAAGUGAUACAGGAAACCCCAUUUUCGUGACUUCUAAGUCUUUCAUGGUUUUUGUGAUAUCUGAUGCAUUUGCGCUCUUCUCUUCUUCAACCUCAAUGUUGAUGUUCUUGUCUAUCCUCACUUCACGCUAUGCUGAGGAUGAUUUCCUCAAAUCCUUGCCUCAAAAGUUGAUAAUUGGGCUUGCAAUGCUCUUCUUCUCUAUAGCAGCCAUGAUGACAACCUUCUGCUCCACCAUUUUUAUCAUGCUUUGCAGUAGACUGCGACUGAUUUCCAUUGUCCUAACUUCACUUGCUGUAGUCCCAGUAACACUAUUUGCUUUUCUGCAGUUUCCCCUCUUUAUUGACAUGGUGUUUUAUACAUAUGGUUCCGGAAUAUUUCGUUACUAGGAGUAGAUUCAUUUCAUCUUCACUUCUUAUCUUUCAUGAUGAAGGUUUUUUGGGGGAGAAAUAUAGAAAUUCUUGCUGUACUUGUAUACACUUGCAAUUUUUGAGCUGUUACUCUUGUGGUUAAGGUCAUGAAGCU